CGCCUUCCGCAUAACUAUAACACAGCCCCGAGUCGCUCUCUACACACCAUCGAACGCUGCACGAGCACACAUAUUUCCGGCGCCCGCCCCCCCGAAGCACAUCGAAAAAGCGCACAGCCGCAGCCCGCCCACACCAUGGCCGACAGCUGGGAAGACGAGGAGGAGAGGCUCGCGCAGCAGGCCCAGAACCUCAACAUGAACAGCGCCCAGUCGUUUGUGCCCGGCGCGCAGGCCUUUGUCCCCGGCGCACAGGCCUUCGUCCCCGGACAGCAGGCGUACGGCGGAUACGGCCAGCAGGCAUACGGCCAGUACCAGCAGUACGGGCAAUACAACCAGGGCUACGGGCAGUACGGCUACCAGCAAGGUGGCUACCCUCAGUAUGGCCAGCAGCAGCAACAGGGCCAACAGCAGGGCCAAGGCGGCUAUCCCAACUACAACCAAUACGGACAACAGCAGCAGCAACAGCAGCAACAAGGCUACCAGCCCCCGCAACAGCAGCAGCGCCAGGCACCAGUCAAAAUCGCAAAGCGAGGGGAGGCGGACCAGACAGGCUCAGAGAGCCCGGCACCUGCGAAAGAGGCGGCACCAAAGGCAAAGGUCCUGUCUAUCGGUGGCGACACUGCGCCCAAAGUAAAAGUUCUGUCUAUUGGCGCUGACAUCGCCGCGCCCAAGGUGGAGAAGGCUGGCCAGACCAAGGUACUCUCCAUCGGAUCAACUGCACCCGCUGCUGCGUCUGCAAAGGAGAACGUCGACAAGGCGGCGCCCGAGGCUGGAGCCAAGGUCACAGCCGCCAAGGCCAUCGAGAAGACAGGAGAGCCUACAAAGUCAACGCCCCCAUCAUCUGGUCGCACCUCACCAACACCAUCGGGACGCGACAGCCCAUCGCGGCAAGAAAAGACUGUCGCCAAGGCAGCCGACGUCGAGCAGGAAUUGGCUGAAGUUGUCGACGAGGCUACGCUUGCCGAGAUAUACGGCAAGGAGCACGUGAACAUCAUUUUCCUGGGUCACGUCGACGCAGGGAAGUCGACACUCGGUGGUAGCAUCCUCAUCUCCACUGGCAUGGUUGAUGAGCGGACACUGGACAAGUAUAAGAGGGAAGCAAAGGAUGCCGGCCGAGAGACAUGGUACAUUUCAUGGGCUCUCGAUCUGAACAAGGAAGAGCGUGCGCAGGGUAAGACAAUCGAAGUUGGGCGAGGCUUCUUCGAGACGGAGAAGCGACGUUACUCCAUUCUGGAUGCUCCUGGUCACAAGACAUACGUUCCCAACAUGAUUGGCGGCGCGUCACAGGCUGAUGUCGGAAUCCUCGUCAUCUCUGCCCGAAAGGGAGAGUACGAGACUGGUUUCGAGAAGGGAGGCCAGACCCGAGAGCACGCCAUGUUAGCCAAGACCCAAGGUGUCAACAAGCUGAUCAUCGUCGUCAACAAAAUGGACGACCCUACUGUCGAAUGGUCCGAGGAGCGAUACAAAGAGUGCACUUCCAAGCUGGUCAUGUUCUUGAAGGGCGUAGGGUACAACCCCAAGACAGACAUUGCCAUGAUGCCCGUCAGCGCACAAACCUUCACAGGUAUCAAAGAACGAGUGCCCAAAACCCUUGCACCAUGGUACGGCGGCCCAUCUCUUCUCGAAUACCUCGACGACAUGCAGGCUCUCGACCGCAAGCUCAAUGCGCCAUUCAUGAUGCCCAUCGCUGCCAAGUACAAGGACCUAGGAACCAUGGUCGAAGGCAAGAUCGAGUCCGGUAUCAUCAAGAAAGAAAACAAAUACCUCAUGAUGCCCAACCGCCAACUCAUCCACAUCUCCGCUCUCUACGGCGAGCAAGAAGAAGAAAUCCCCGGCGCCAUGUGCGGAGACCAAGUCCGCAUCCGCCUCCGCGGCGUGGAAGAAGAAGACAUCCUCCCCGGCUACGUGCUCUGCUCGCCCAAACGACCUGUGCACUGCGUCUCCCAGUUCGAGGCUCAGGUCGUGCUGCUGGAUCUCAAGUCCAUCCUGACAGCCGGGUUUAACUGCGUGCUGCACGUGCACGCCGCGCAGGAGGAAGUCACUAUCUCGGCGCUGCUGCAUAAGCUGGAGAAGGGCACGGGCCGUAAGAGUAAGAAGGCGCCGGGGUUUGCGACAAAGGGUAUGAGUAUUAUCGCUAGAUUGGAGGUUACGGGUACGGCUGGGUCUAUUUGCGUGGAGCGAUUUGAGGAUUACCCACAGUUGGGUCGGUUUACACUGAGGGACCAAGGCCAAACCAUCGCCAUUGGUAAAAUCACAAAGCUCAUCACGGACACUGCUGCUUAAAUAUCUCCUACAUAGUAGUUUAGCACUCAUUUACGAUAGCGAAGGGAAAUGGAUCUGGUGAUGACGGGACGG